AUGAGUGGCCAUUUGAUCUUGAACGCCGUGGUGGAGCAUCUGAUGAACACCACGAAGUUGAGGCGUUCUUCUCUGGUGGUUUUUGCUGGUGCCAGUGCUGGGGGCAUUGGUGUUUUCCAUCAUGCCGAUUGGAUUUCUUCCAAGUUGCAUUCCUUGGGCAUCGCACCACGCACCGUAGUGCUACCCAUCGCCGGUUUGUUCUUCCCAGAACGCUGGCCAGUCCUUUGGGAAGAGUUCCGCAUGGGCGUGGAGGUGCCAGUGGACGGCUUCAUGGCGUCCUGGUGUCAUCUCCUGGAAGGCAGCUUUCUGCAUGAGGGCUGCGUGGCAAAUGCCACGGCUGCCAAGCGGCCAGUGAGGGAAUGUCAGGACGUUUCGAAGAUUCUGCCGCUGCUGAAGGCCGAGGUCUUCAUUUUCCAGAAUCAGUUCGAUCAGUACCAGGCGAAUCACCUUGGCCUCUGCCCCCCGGACCUCUGUAACGCCUCCACGGACGUUGCCAGCCGCGCGGGGCAGUACCUGCAGCUCUUUGGGCGGCGGAGUAAGGAGACGUUGCAGGCCACCAUUCAGACUCGACCUAGACUGGGUGUGCUGGCGCCGAGUUGGUUUGACCACACCAAUCAGCUGGAGCGAGAGAUCGCUGGCGACGGCCAGGGAGUCAGCGGUUGGUCUUUCGCGGAGCUGUUCGCUGCUUGGUUGGAUGGCCAGCAGAUCCACCUUCUUGCCGAUGCCUGUGCUGGUGGCCCCUGCCCGCAGGCCGCCCAUCGAAGCAACUCCCUGGUCGUCUGA